CACCCUCGUAGUUCAUGCGCCACCACUACAAAAUUUUCCGGUUGAAGCCCCUCCAGAAGCGUCACCAAUCUCCCCUAUAAUCUCUCCUUUAACCGUCAAAAUUUGUAAAAUUUUUAUGCGAGAUGAAAAAAUUUGGGGCACAACGGGACAGGAAUAAUCGUGAGAAGAUUCCGUUUAUGAUGGGGUUCGAUGGGUUACGGGGCUGCCUUAUUUCGGAGCACUUUUCUGACUUUGGGGAGUGCGAGGAAACUUCACCAGGUGUUAUUGAUAUCAUUGAAAUUAAGGAUACAGCCUGUGAUGCACGAUUUCCUGGACAGUUCAGGUCGUCGGGUGCUACCGAGCAAAAAUCAUCCGUCUCCUCCUUUGAAAAACUUCACCAGGGCUCCAAAAUCCCUCGCCUUAUGAAACCGAAACCCGGGAAAAAUCCGAGUGAUCGAUUAUUCCCCUAUCGAGGUCCAGACUCAACUAAAAAAAAAUCCGAAAGUAGAACUGAGGGACCGUCGAUACAGAGAUCAAAGCUGCCCAUUCGCGAGGCCCAUUCUAACGUUCUCCUAUCCCGUGUGAAUUCGAUCAACAUCGACGAAAAAUGCAGUUCCCCGCACCCCCAACCCACGUCUGGACCAACGGCCCCUGAAGAUGAUUCACCUCCGGAAAUUGUGAGCCAAAACAUCCCGGACGCAACAGCACCUCCGGAAGAGGCCCCAAUCGAUUACGUGCGGAGGUUCACCAGGGAUUCGAGGGAAUUCGAGAGGGCUCAGGAGACUGGAAGGAAAAUCGGCCAGAAAAUAUCCAGACUCCUGGAGCAUAUUAAGAAGAAGCAAACUGGCCUUGACUUGGGAACUAAUUCUGUCAGUGCAAUAUCGAUAAUGAAGAGGGCCUUGCGUCGAGACUUAAGAACUAAUACCAUUCCUCAAGCUCAGAAGAAUAUUUUUCCCCAGUUCUACAUAGGGAGCACUCCCAGGGAAUUCAAAUUAUUUCGCUGCGGUGAUGAGUGGAAUUCUCUGUGAAAUUUGCUGCCCCUCAGAAAAUUUGGGACUCAUCGAAGCGACAGAGAGAAAGCGAAAGGUGAAAUCUCUCCUCGAGAUUAAUUUCCGUCACUCGACAUCUCCUUUUCCGUCCCAGCCCCCAAUUUUUCCCCGAAAUUUCCCUCCACCUUUUCCAACUCAAUUUAGUACUUCCAAAAUUUCAAUUCAACCCCUCCCCACCCCCCAACCUGGCAUGAGGCUCCAAUUGAAAUGAUUUUUAGUCGGUGUUGAUCAGAAAAUAACACCCGAAGUGAAACAGUCAAUGAAAAUGCGGACAGAAGGGUUGGGGUGUUGAAAAAAACCCAGUAGGGGGAUGAAAUCGCCGGAUGGUUCACCUCAAAGGAAGACCCCGAAUGAUACCAAUUAUGUCAUCAACGUUGUAACCCCUCUGCCACGGUUUCUGUCACUAAAUCGUAUUCCGCCCGCAUGUCAGAAAAGUUUUACCCUCCGUUGAAAACAACCAUACGUGUGUGCACGUCCCACAUAAGUUGUAUCCCUUCAGACCCUGUAGCAUACGAGUCAAUCUAUGUGCGAAAGGGAAUAAAAAUGUCUGCAACAAACCUACACAACAAAAUCAGAGGUGACGUCAAUAUUUAUCCAGCUCAUGACAACGUUUAUGACGCACCGAAAAACAGUAAAGUUUGACAAUAAAUCGAUUGUCCCUCAAAAAUUUAAUUUUUAAUUUAUAACAAUUAAUUA